AUGGGAGAGGGAGACGAUCCCAGCGCCAUCGAGUUGCUGCUGCAGCUACAGAGAAGAAGCAGCAGGAUAUGGGUGCAGCAGCAACAAGCAGCAAAACAGCUGGUUGCUGCUGCUGCUCCUGCUGCUGCUGCUGCUGCCGCUGCUGUGGCAACCGUCUCGAGUGUUACCCCUCUCAGCAGCAGCAGCAGCAGCAGCAGCAGCAACAGCAGCAGCAGCAACCGCCGACGCUUCUCCUGGCCUAACACCACCCAUUCAUUAGCUAAACCACCGCGGCGAGCGCAGCAGCAGCAGCAGCAGCAGCAGAAACAACAGCAGCAGCAGCAGCAGCAGCAGCUCAGCAAGCGCGCAACAUACUACCAGCAGCAGCAGCAGCAGCAGCAGCAGCAAGAGCAGCAGAAGCUGUCUUCGCAGGGGGACGCUGACCCCGUUUUUCCCGCAGGAAAUUUCAACGCUAGCAGCAGCAGCAGCAGCAGCAGCAGCAGCAGCAGCAGCAGAAGCAUCAGCAGCAGCAGCAGCAGAGGCAGCAGCAGCAUCCUGUAG